AUGUUUAUGUUAGAAGAAUUAUCGUUGGCAAUUAGCGUUACAUUGAAAAAGAAUCUUCAGUUUUCAAUUACAGAACACUAUCAAAGCAAUACCAUAAAACACUUUAAGACAAACUUCACAUGUCGUCAGAAUUUUAUAGAUAAGGAGAAGGGAAACUUUAGUACACAUGAUGUCUUGAUGACUUUACAUUCAUUUCAUCUCAUCCGUGGAAAUUUGAUGCCACUUUACAAAGUACCUGAGAUGCGCUCAGAAUAUUUUUCAUUAUUAUCUCAAAUAUAA